AUGGGUGUCAAAGCUGGAAAAACGCCGGGUUUUCAUCGGUUUUCUUCGGGCUUUAAUUGGUUAGUAGGAGGAAUUGGAAUUUUCACCUUGAUCCUUUUUGUUUUCGUGCAAGGUGCAAAUUGCGAUGCCGAACCAACAGAAUCACAAUGCAGGCAAUAUAUAGAAAAGGCUUUGAAAGAACAACACUUGGAAGAAACAUCGACAGAAAACAUUUUAAAUGAAGAGAAAGAUAACGUGUCAACUGAACAAUUAGUAGAUAAAUUAGAAAAUUUAGAUUCCGUAGAUACUCAUGAAUAUGGAGGAAAAGAAAACGAAACGGACAACGACGACGAUGACGACGACGACGACGACGACCCAAACACCGAAAGUAUUGAAGUAGAUGAAAAUAAAACGGAAGAACAAAUAACCGAUUCAGACGAUGAAAAUAAUACGAAUAAUGAAAGUACUGAAAAUGAUAAUGCUGAUAAAGUUGAUGAUAUCGAAAUGGAUACCGAAGAAAGCACUGAAACGCAGCCUACGAGUGAUGAAAAAGAAGAAGAAAAAGAUGAAAAAAGUGUAGAAGAAAAUAAUAAUGAUGAAAUUCAAAAUGAAUCGAAUGAAGAUGAUGAAGAAUCAGAUAAAGUAAAUAGUGAGGAAGACGAAAAUGAAAGUUUAGAUCGCCCAAUUGAAAUCGAAACUCGGGAAAUCAAUAUCGAUGACGACAACGACGAAAAACAAGAUGACAGUCAAGAAGAAAAUGAAAAAGCAGACGAGGAAGAAGAUACUACAAAGAGUUCUGAAGAAGAAAAAGAUUUCCGUGAAAGUGACGAAACAAAGGAAAGCGUGAUCGAAGAAACAGAAACGGAAGAAACGUCAGAAGAAAAACUUGAUGACACCAACGUUGAAGAUACGAGCGAUGUGAGUGAAGAAGAAUCAGACAAGGGUGACAUUGCAAGUACCUUAGAUGAAGAAGAAAAAGAAAUAAAAGUUGAAGAUGAUGUUGAUGUUGGUGUCGAUAAAGGUGAUAAAGAAGAUGAUGAUGACGACGACGACGACAGUGAAAAUAAAAAGGAUAUUGAGGAAGAAAGCAAAAUGGACAGCGACGAAGAAAAAGAAACGACCGAAACUGAUUACACAACUCAUACACCAGCAAAAGAAAAACUAGAAGAGGAAAAAGAAUCAUCCAAAGAAAGUAAAGAGGAAACAGAUGAUGGCGAACAGAAAACACCCGAAGAGGAAGAACUCAUACAGGGUGGAAUCAUUCCAGAAAAUCUUCGACCGAGAAAUCAUAUCGAUCAAAUAUUAAAACUUGACGAAGAUGCUAAACUGGAAAAAACUGUGGCCAAAGCAAUUGACUCGACUUUAAAAUCAUUGAAAAAUCUUUAUGAUAAUGCCAUUAAGCCAUUGGAAAUGUUAUACAAAUACAGAGAUCUUAGCAACCGACAUUUUGGAGAUCCAGAAAUUUUUUCCAAACCUCUUAUUCUUUUCAUGGGACCCUGGAGCGGAGGCAAAUCAAGUACAAUUAAUUAUUUACUUGACAAUGAAUUUACUCACACCUCUCUAAGAACAGGAGCUGAACCGUCACCGGCUUACUUUAACAUUCUCGUAUACGGAGAAGAAGAAGAAAUUUUAGACGGAACGCAACUUGCAGCCGAUUGGACAUUCUCGGGUUUACAAAAAUUUGGACAAGGUCUUUUGGACAGGCUAAAAGGAAUCAAGCUCCCCAACAAACUUUUGAAAAAAGUGAACAUAGUCGAAAUUCCUGGAAUUUUAGAAAUAAGAAAACAAGUUCAACGAAUCUUUCCUUUUAACGAUGCGUGUCAAUGGUUUAUAGACCGGGCGGAUAUUAUAUUUCUCGUUUAUGAUCCCUCAAAGUUAGAUGUGGGUCCAGAAACGGAAGCAAUUUUAGAUCAACUUAAAGGAAGAGAAUAUCAAACAAGAAUAAUUUUGAAUAAAGCAGAUCAAGUAAAACCUGAGGAAUUGAUGAGAGUGCAAGGAACUCUUAUAUGGAACAUUUCUCCUCUAAUGUCGAGUACGGAACCACCAGUUAUGUAUUCGACAUCCUUAUGGUCGAUGCCGUACGAAAGCGGAGCUCCUACUAGGCUCCUUUUGGCCCAAGAACGAGCUUUUUUAAGAGAUUUACGAGAAGCUAUUGACAAAAGAGUAGAAAAUAAAAUUUCCAGCGCGAGGCGAUUUGCUGUGCGAGUAAGGAAUCACGCCAAAAUGGUGGAUUGUUACCUGACAACUUAUUACAAUCACAAGUCGUUCUUUGGGAACCGUAAGAAAAUAUCUGACGAUAUUAUUGACAACCCGCAAAAAUAUCACAUUUACGAAGGUCUGAGCACACUCACAAACAUAUCUAGAUACGAUUUACCAGAUCCGGAUGUUUAUCGAGACUUUUUUAGAAUCAAUCCACUUUUCGAAUUUCAAAAACUUUCGGAAACGUGCACGUAUUUUAGAGGAUGUCCCAUUAACAAAUUAGAUAUAGCUAUUGCUUACGAUCUCCCCGAACUUAUAGGAAAAUACAAGAAAAGUAUAGAUUUAGCAAAAGAACCGUCGCAAAAGAAAGACAACAGCUGA